AUGUUGGCAGACGGCCCAGUAGAGCCAUUUGAGGUUUUACAAAGCGGUCGACGUUUUCACUUUUUGACGGCUAGACUGGGUGAGCUUUCGGAUGCUGUUACAAAGUUGGGGGCAGGUUCUGGCCCGUAUGAGAAGGUGUAUGCCGGCCAUUCCGUUCCUAUGGAUGAUAGCAUGUUUCCUGAGCUCGAACCUUACAAGUCCCUGAAUGCUGGCAGGUUGAAGGUGGUAGGCACUGGUGGUCUUGACGCUACAGAAUUCCUCCCUCCGGACCUGUGUAUGGCAUAUAGAUAUCCUGAUUCCCUGAUUUCAGACAAAGUUUCUGAAGCAUAUGAAUUUCCUCAACGCUUAGACCCUGAAGGAGAAGUUGUGGCAUUAGCGAAACUGUGGGAUGCUCGUGGGUUCUUGCACAUUCACGAUACUGACUUGCAGAACGAGCGCCCUUUUGAGAUGGUACGUGUCUUCAACUGUUUCAAAAACUUAGAGGUAGACAGACAGAUAGGAGAUCGCCGUGGGCGGAAUGCUGUUGAACACCGUGUGUCGGGGCCUUCGGCAAAUUUGCCCUCAGGUGCAUACCUCUUGGAUCUUGUUGUGGAUGCCUCCAAAGAGACGCUCUCGGCCUUCGAGGCUUUUGCUGCUUCCAAGCGUGCCAAAAAACCUCCACGGGUUGAGCUUGGAGACCAUGCGGGGGUCGAAAUUGCUACAGAUGCGCAUGAGGGUUUGUUAAGAUCAGCAGGGCUUUUGGCAGAAAACUCGAGAGUGGUUGCUGGUAUGCCUUUUUGUGGAGACAAGCUUUGCAAAGGUUUGGUCAUUGAUGAUUACUUUGCCAUUGCGAAAGUCCCGAGAGGUGUGCUUGUGCCAAAUCCUGCGCUUGACUGCCUAUCCAAAAGCAAAGAGUUGUACACCCAGCAUGGUAUUGUUGGCUCCGAUGAUAAAGAUGUUAGAGGGGCCCAAAAGGCCAAGGUGAUUGGUGCCUCCGUGAGCGCUUCUCACGGGGGCAUGCAUGUUACGAAUGAGCUCACACUGCUGAGCGUCUUGGCGCCCCUCAUGGUGUCAGAUGUUGCAGUACAGAUUUGUGAGGAAGUUUUUGCCACUGAUGCCUCUCUACAGAAAGGGGCGAUUGUCAGUGCAUGGAUUUUGAGGAAUUUGAUGUCCCAAAGACGGAGCCUGUCCAGAGGAGUCUACACAAAGAAGUUCGCAACUUAUGUUGAGAAGCUGUCGGAAGCCUUGGCCGAUGUGAUGGAACUUGGGAUCAAGAGAUUGGCAGACUUCUAUCAUGCUUCUCGGCUAGCUGAACUUGGGAUUUCUUUGGAUACCAUGCCGGACUCGCAUUUUCAGUACAUUGAUGAGAUCAACAAAAGUUUGGUGAGGCGCCAGUUGCAAGAAGCCUGGAACCUGGCCUUUGCGUGGGUUCGAGAUGAACCUUCCACGCAUCACCUGGCUAUGCCGUACUUCGUGCUCUUGGGCUUGACUCUGUCCGACUCAAUGGGAAAACUCUUGACUUGGGUUCCUUCCGUCCAGGAGGCGCGACUUGGAUCAUACAGCAGACGGAAGAUGGCGAACUUUGUCGUCGACGUGGGAGCCCUCUCUGUGAAUGACAGUGAUCGAGCAGACAGAUGUUUCAUGUACAAACGCAGUGCAAAGCUUCCAAGAGAAAAGUGA